AAAUAAGCCUCCUGAGCAGGGAGUUAAAAUCACUUAGUCCAGCCUCCGUGGCUUCACUCAUUUCGCUCGAGUAGCUUCAGGUUUAUAAAGAAAUAGAGGGGACGGGACAAUAGAGCCCCGGGCUGGGUAGGGUUUUUUUUUUCCUCUUCCCCCUUCGGAGGCAGAAAUCUGCAAUCUUCCUUUUGGGAAAACCUCGCCGGGUUUGUAAUGCAGGAGCGACCUACCAAAUGCCGAAGAAAUCUCGGGACUUAAAGUUUGAAAUAAACUUAAGCAGCGCGCAAAGGCAUGCGAAAGAAUUCCCCUUUCCCCCUCCUUUUCUUUCUUUUUUCUUUUUUUUCUUUUUAAAGGAGAUUUUGGAAGAAAAAGAUGAGAAGUGAAUACGGAAAGCGUGGGGAAGACGAGGAGUCAAGCCCCAGUACAGGAGGAGGAACGGGGUGUUUGGAAGAUGUUGCAAACCAUUGACUGGAGCAUUUGAAAGGGAGAUCGACUGCUUUGGCUUUUUUUUUUUUUUUUCCCUCCCCCCUCCCCCACCUCUCCGGAGGGGUAGGGAUGUGUGAUCAGGGAGUGGAAACAAAUAUGUCCUUAUUUUCAAUGCCCCCUUUGAAAGAGACAAAGUAAAUGCUCCUUGCAAAAUGUUCCUGACCUGCGAAGGGACCUUCGGAAUUGUUCCAACCACCAUGGAUUACAAUGGGGAAGCCAGGCCGGGGGAUUUUCAUGCUGGCUAUCAAGAAAUCGAAGGGAUAAACUUGGGAUACUUACAGAUCAAUGGCACCCAGAUGUUUGCAUUGGCCCAGGUCCUCAGCGACCUGUUUAAGGAUAUCCCCAGGACCACCAUCAGCAAGAAGAUGGAAACCUUAAAGAUCAAGAGCCGACGCUGCGAUCUCAAGGAGCUCCGGACCCUCAAAGCCAUCAACUCCGUGCCCACCCGCGCGGUGAAAUGCUCGCUCAUAUCCAAGGCGGACCUGGAGGCUCUCUGCACCUCCUGCAAGAGCCUCAGCCCCCGCAGGAGGAAGAGGAAAAGGAAGAGCAAGAGGAGGGAGCAGCUGCUGCUGCCGGACCCGGGGGAGCUCUUCGCCUGCCCCCGGCCCCAGCUGCUGCCGCCCUGCCGAGCCGGCGCCUGCCGCGGCCCCGCGGCGCCCGGGCGCCCCAAGCUGCCCCCCGGCUUCGGCAAGGCGCGCUCGGCGCCGGCCGCGCUGCUGCCGCCGCCGCUGCACCGGGCCUUCCCCGGCCAUGAGCGGGCGCCGCGCGCCGGCAGGGGCCUCGGCCUGCCCGGCCGCGGCGGCCUCUUCGCCGGCGUCCUCGGCGGCGGCCCGCGGGAGCUGGCGCUGCUCCGCGCCGCGGCCGCGCACCCCGCCGCGCCGCCGGCCGCGCUCGCCGAGCCGGGCGGCCGCAAGCGGGGCCCCUGCUGCGCCCAGGGGCUCUUCGCGGCCCAGGGGGGCCCCGGCGCCGCCAGGAAAGGCCGCGCCGCCGCCUUCCCCGGCUCCAAGCGGCAGGGCACCUCCGCCGGCUACUCCAGCGACUCGGACUCCAGCCUGGACUUCGGCGGGUCCAGCCCCGCCACCUCCAGCGACUCCUCGGAGGAGGAGGAAGAGGAGGAGGAGGAGGAGGAGGAGGAAGGGGACACGUCGUGCAGCAGCGAGGAAGGCAGCUCCUCGGAGUCGGAGAGCAGCUCGCUGUGCAGCGGGGACUCGGUGCAGAGCACCCGGUACAGGCAGGCGGCCCUGCCCCGCUUCCAGCCGCAGCCCCCCCGGGAGCCCCCCGGGGACGAGCGGGCCGCGGAGCCGCCCCCGAGCGCGGGCAAAGCCCUGCGCCCCGACCCCGGCCUCCUCUUCCUCUCGCAGCAGCUCUGGGCCAGGACUUUGCGAGCAUCAACUUUGGAAAGUUUGAGCCCGGCUCCAGCGCUGGGCUCGGGGGCCCAGCCGCAGCCGGAGCUGUACGCAAAGCAGGAGGCCUCCCCUUCCUCCUCCUCCUCCUCCUCCUCCUCCUCCUCCCCCCCUCCCUCCCCGAGCAGCACCCCUGGGGGGGAUCCGCAACAAAAGCAGGGCGGCUUUGGGGACGCGGAGCCCUGCGCCAAAGGGAAGGAUUUGCACAAAGAUGCCUCGAACAAUAGAGCCUCGUUAGGCCCCAGCGACCAAGCGGAGAGGCCGAGCGCAGCUUCGGCCGCGCGAGCGGCUUCCCGGGAGCCGCCGCCGGGCUCGGCGCCUCGGCCCGCGGCGCAGGAGCCGGCCGGCAGCCCCGGCCCGGGCCCCCCCGGGGCCGCGGCGGAGCCCAGGAGGGAGCACUUCGACCGGCUCAUCAGGCAGUCCAAGCUGUGGUGCUACGCGAAGGGCUUCAACGUGGACGGGAAAAGUUUGCGCCCCGGCAGGACGGAGCCUUGCAAAGCCGCAGAGCUCAAAUGCGCCGGUUCCAAGAGCGCGGAGAGCCCCGGCACCUUGUCAAACAAAGCUUUGAGAGGCAAUGGCUCGGAAAGGAAUGCCAAGCGCAGACGCCUCGCCAGAGGCGCCGAGGCAGAAAGGCAACAGAGCUGCUCUAAAGGGAGGCCACAAAAGGCUCAGAGGAGGAAUGCCAAAAAGGGAAACACGCAUUGCAAACGCCUCGGCAGCGCCGGGCCAACCCCGCCUCGGAAUUCCUUCAGCCUCAUGGGCAACUUCCCGUGUAUUCCCUCCCUGGUCGUGGGGGAAGAUGGGGACCUGUGUCCUGCCUCCUCCCUGGGCGUCAAAAACUCCUGGGCUCUCUCCAAAACUCACCCGCUGUGGAGCUGGCACCUGGGGGGCAACGCCAUCCCCGUGCCCCCCAGCCUCAAAUUCCGGGGCUGUGGCCUGGAGGAUCUCUAAGGACAGCGCGCAGCCCGCAGCAAAGGUUUCCAGCAGCGGGGCGGGCCCGGGGCCGGGGCCGGGGGGAGCGGGCCCCGCCGUCCCGCGGCCCCGCCGGGCUCCGGGCCGCCGCCUCCUCGGCGCGGGGCCGCUCGGCGGAGGAGCCGUGCGGGGGCCGGGGCGGGGGGGGCACGGCUGUAGCUGGGCCGGGGGAGGGGGCUCCGUCCGCGUGUGGGUGCGAGGGUCCGAUGUGGGUUUGUCGACGAGUUUAGGGUAAAACACGCGGCCGAGCCCAGGCGGCGGCGGAGGAAUGUGCCCCCCCCCGCCCCCCCCCCGCUGCAAAACGCGGUGCUUUGCUCCGAGCGGGGCGAUUUGGGGGAAAACGCGCAGCUGCAGGGGGAGGCGGAGGGCUGCUGCCGGGGAGAGCGGCCCCGGCGGGGGAGCGUCGCCCCUGCCCCGCUCCUCGCCAUCCCUCCCUUCCUGUAUGCCAAAAAAAGCCGAAAUUAGGAAAGAAUAGAUCUAAUUUCUCCCCUUCCCUCCGUAAAUGCAUUGGAUUAAACUAAUAAUAAUCACACGCAGAGAGAAAUAACGAUGUCAUAUAGCAUAAACACUCCUUUUCGGUCAGAGUCAAUCCCACCAAAAUUGGGAGCAGCUAUUUCAAAUAACUGCAUCAAUAGUAAUGUAAUGUUUUCUGUCUACUUAAGAGGCAGGAAGAAAAUACAAACUUUAAAAAGACCAGGAAAUUCUGUUUGCUAAAAGAAAACAGGAGGCUUUGAGAGGAAGUUAUUUGAAACUGCUGCAUGUAUAUUAAAAAAAAAGUGAGUUGUUUGCUGGAUAAUAACCCCAACUCAGAUAGCCUAAAGGUAGCAGGCCUGUAAAAGCUUUAUGGGCACGAGAAAUAGGAUCCAGGAGCAUUAGCAAUAGAGUACAGAUGGACGAUUUGAUCCCUCUCGAGCUCCGAAGUGGAAUGCGGGGAAGAAUGCGCAGGGAAUGUCUCUCUCCUCUGUGAAGGAAAUAAUAUCCCAGUUUAACUUUUCUUACAAACCAGUGUUUUUGUAACUGGCUCUUUUGACUAUUUCUGAUGUGAUUUCCACCCCACUUUGGCAUCAAAGCCUGACGGGCUCUCUGAAGUCGGCUCUGUUUUGGAAAUGUUAGGCAAAUCAAAGCUCAUGCGGGUUUUUUGGGUUUUGUUUUUUUUCUCCCCCUUCUUUUCAACAGAAAAUAUUUGCAGCCCGAGGCCGGGCGAGCGCUGCCUGGGAUCACGCCGUGCCCUCCGCUUCGGCGGGUUGCUUGGGGAAUUUCUGUUUUUCCUCCGCAGCCCCCUUUCCCCCUGGAGAACAAUCGGCCCCCACAAAAAAAUCCUUCGCAGUAUCCUAGGAAAGGAAAAGAAAGGAAAGAAAAGGAAAAGAAAGGAAAGGAAAGGAAAAAGGAAUCAUUGCAGAAUUGAAAAGAAAAUAUUCAGCUCUGCACGGCUGAUUUUGAUUUUUGGUUUAAUAUCAUUAGUGGGUAAAAAAAAAGGACAUUUUUAAGGCCAAGCAUAUUUCGUAUCUAUUAAGCAAUGUUUUUCUUGGAGCUGUUGAAUUGUUGCUAAAAGCAAUGUUUGUUUUAGUCUGGUUUUUAGCGGGCUUUUUGGUUAGCUGAAUUUUUUGUUUUCUUCGCCCCAUCUCCCGUUCCUCCCGUGUUGAGCAGAAGACUGGGAUUUCUUCGUGUCUCUGAAAUGUUCAGGUUUUAGCCGUAGCCGCGGACGGUCACCAAAACAUCUCCGCGCGUGUUCGGGGUAGAAAUACCUUUUCUUUCGCGGCCACGUCCCACUCGCGGGCCGCCCUCAACAGCUGCUCUGCAGCAGCCGCGCUCGCUCCCUCCGAGGCGGCCGCGCAAAUCCCGCAAACGGAGGCUGCUUUUUCCUGCGGAUUCCCUGCAAACCCGCCGCCGCGGUGUCCCCGCGACCCGCGCAGGGGAUUGCAAGGAGAAGGGAAGGGAGCGGGAAAAGCGACCGGGCCGAGGGGAAAACACCCCCCGCCGCUGCGCCGGCAGCGCCCGCGCUGCCCUCCGCGCUCCUCAGCCAGCGGGUCCGGAGGGCGGAAAAUGCGAUUUUUAGGGGAGAAAAAAAAAAAAAACCCCGCGGAGGUUGGGGGAGCUGGUGGCUGCCAGCGGGCGCGCAGGGGCGCGGGGCUGAGCUGCUCUGCUCGGCUCUGCUCUGCGCGGCGGCCCCGCAGCAGGGCUCAGGCCGCGCACCGCAACUCAGGAAUAUUUCGCCGGGGAAAUAACGCCGCGGGCAGCGCGGGUGCGCAGAGCUGCGCCGCGGGCCCCCCCCCCCCCCCCCCCCCCCCGUGUAUCUCUGCGUAGGCGCGUGGGUACGCGGGGGCGCACGGAAAGCACAGCUCUUCCCAGGCGCGGUGUGCGUGCACACACACGCGUGCACACGCUAUAUGCACGCACAUAUUUAUCUGCUGCCGCGCGGAUAAGUGCGCGCGUGUGUGUAUAUGGCUGUAUAUAGUGCGGGGGGGGGGGGUAGCAGGGCUGUGAAUACGAUACAAAGAUACCUCAAAACUUUCCGCACAAACACACCUUGAACGGCUCCUCGAGCAGCAAAACAUCCUGUUCGCAGCAGCAAAAAAUAAAAAGAAAGAAAGAAAGAAAGAAAAAAAAUCACCCCGAUUGUUCUUAAACAGGUUUCAAAGAAAUUGAGCGAUCCGGAAAAACAAAGUAAUCUUCCUCGCAAUCCCCCGCUGAAAGACUGCUGAGGGGAGUGGCGAUGCCCGGAAAGUGAACGGGGAAAAAAAAGAAAACCCAAACUGUUCUCUGAAUUAGCGUGUUUUGGACUUGAAAAAUGAACAAACACAACCGGUAGUUUGUUGGAAGAAGCAAUACCUCUGUAAGAAACAAAGAGCUGAGAGGAGGGGAUGGCUGGAGUGCUCCAAACUAGUUCUAUUUUUGAGCAAAAAAUCAACUCGCAUCACCAAAAUAGCAUAAAGGAUAUAAAGGCACCUUUUUAAUUACAUUAGUGACAUUGCUUUAUUUCCAAACGGGUGCAAAAGAAGCAAAAAAUGAUUUUUUUCAUAAAAAAAUGUUUGUGUAGGUAGAAAAAAAAUGAAAGUAUCUUCUUGUAAAAAUAAAACUUUUAUGAAAGGGGGCUGCUUUUAAAAAUGCAGCCAGCUUCAGACUCAGGAAAAUCUCAGCUUGGAUACAGCGUGGUGCUUUGUAAUCCUGGUUCGUAAGGGUUUAUUUGGGGCUGGGGGGGGUCAGGGCCUUGUGGCGGGCAGGAGCCCGGGCCGGGGGCCUGCGGGGCCCACUCCCGGCGUCUGUCGGCGUCUGGCAAAAUAGGGAAGAAGCGGAGCAGUUUGCAUUUGCUUGGAUAUUUUCAUCAUUACAAAUUUGCAUCCCUCUAUCCCAGUCCAGCGGGUUUCAAGCCGUCGGUCACUCUGUGGGUGCUUCUCCGCUGGACGCGGGAUCCAGGGACGUUUCUGCCCAGGGAUAAUUUAUUCUCAGCGGGUGCUGCGUGCGCGGAGGGGGGGAUCGACAUGUGGCCACUGUCGGCAGGCGCUGCCCCACGGCCCCCGCGCCGGCCCGUCCGGCUGCCGAUGCUGCAGCUCCCGGGGCUGCUCCUGCCUCGUGCCCCGGCCCGAAACACGUGUUUAAAAAUAUCCACCAAGGGGAGGAAAGAGCUGUUGCUCUUUCCAGCCGCAUAUUGGGUUUUUCUGUUUAGAUUUACUGUACCUUUAUUUAUUUGAAGUUGUUGUAAGUAUAUGACUAUGAAAGUGUUAAUUCCUGCGUGCAAUAUGGAAUCUAGGCUGAGAAAUAAAUACGUUUUUUACA